UGCGCAGUGAGAACGGGGCGAGGCUUGCCUUGUGACGUUUUAGGCGUAAACAAACAGACGUUUAAAUCCUCAGCUGUCAGCGAGACGCCACAGUCGGACGAUGAGAGAUGCAGAAUGUCUGUAAAAGGAGUAACAGCGCCAUCUUCAGCUCAGAUGGAGGAUCCACCAUGAUUCUUGAAGUUCCACUUCAGCAGAACUUCACAGAGACCCUUCCUACAGAGAUGAGCGUGAGGAUCUUCAGUGAGCUGGACGUCAGGAGUUUGUGCCGGGCCUCGCUAACCUGCAAACAUUGGAAUGAUAUAAUCGAGGGGAGCGAUCAGCUGUGGAGGAGCCACUGUCUCACGGUGCUGGCUAUUUGCCGAAGGGAGGUGGACGGGGACAGGCUUGAUGGGUGUUCGUGGAAGGUUACUCUCGUGCGUAACUACAGGAAAGGCUGCGUAAAGCGGAGGUGGCUGAAGGGCCGAUACAGUAAUAUUCGCUCUGCUGACGAUAUCCCGCCUAACAGCAUGUGUCCACUGGACGUGGAGACCUGGGGAGAGAUACUGGAGGCGGAACUGGAUAGAUAGAGCAAAGAGAGACUUUGGGGAUCCUGUCUGUGGGCUGAAACAUAUCAGCUGUGUCUACAAUGGAAGCAUUAUGACUGAAACACUUGCUGGGCAAAUAAUUUUGUAAUCGGUAUUGCAAAAAAAAAAGCACUAAGACUGUGGUGGUCAGAAUAUAUGAUAAUGUGGCUUUUGUUACCGAAGAUUUUAGUUGUAUUACUGAAAUUUGCUUGAGACUGUAAUGGGUUUUUAUCCGUUUCAUAUGAUGGAAAUUGUUUUAUAGAUGGAACAAAGAGAGCUCUUUUUUUUUAUAGAUCAACAAUACUCUGCACAUUUUGAUUUAAGUAUUGAUUUUUGUUAAUUUAUUUAAUUGAGUCACUGCCAAAAAGUGUUUUGCCUUAAAUCAUGCAACUAUUAUUUUAUCAAAGUUAAUAUAUUAAUGAAUAUUAUGUGUCCCCAUGCUUUACUUCCCUCUUCAGUGCUGGCCCUCUUUCUAUUUCUGCUGCUAUCUGUGUGCAAAUGUCUUUAUAACCACAUAAAACAAUAUAGAAAUAUUGUUACAAAUAAAUGCACCAUUUUUGCAGUGUAAUGCCUUUUUCAAAUACAAAUAUUUUUAAUGUUUUUUUAAAGAAUUCUCUUCUGCUCACCAAGCCUGCAUUUAUUGGAUACAGCAAAAGCAGUAAUAUUGUGGAAUAUUUUUACUAUUUAAAAUAAUUGCUUUCUAUUUGAAUGUAUUUUAAAAUGUAAUUUAUUCCUGUGAUCAAAGCUGAAUCUUCCGCAUCAUUACUCCAGUCUUUAGUGUCACAUGAUCCAUCAGAAAUCAUUCUAAUAUGUAUAUCUAAUAGAUUUGCUAUUCAAGAAACAUUUAUUUAUUUAUUAUUAUUAUUAUUUUAAAAAGUUGAGUACAUUUUUUUCAGGAUUCUUUGAUGAAGAUCCAAACAUCAGCAUUUAUCUGAAUUAAAAAGCUUUUUUAACAUUAUACAUACCAUUCAAAAGCUUGGAGUUUGUAUACAUUUUUUUUUUAGGUAAAGAAAUUAUAGAAAUUAAUACUGAAAAAAAAAUUAAAACCUGAAAAAUUCUAUUCAGCUGUUCUCAACAUAAUACUACAUUUUUCUUGCAGCAAAUCAGAACAUUAGAAUGAUUUCUGAAGGAUCAUGUGACACUGAAGACUAGAGUAAUGAUGCUAAAAAUUCAGCUUUGAUCACAGGAAUAAAUUACGUUUUAAAAUAUAUUCAAAUGAAAAGCAGUUAUUUUUAAUAGUAAAAAUAUUUAAACAUUUAAAAAUAAAAGCAGGAUUGAUGAGCAAAAGAGACUUAAGACUAAAAAACAAUCAAAACUGUUCAAAAACUUUUGAGUGGUAGUGUAUACAGUGAGAAAUCAGUAUGUAUGAACUAGUAUUGUCAUGCAGUGAAAUGGAAAACCUAUUUCAUUUUUUUUUUUUUUUUUUUUUAAAGGCAAUGAGUAUCUUUUUUGUCCUAUCAAACAAAAAAAGUAUUUAAAUA